GGGUGCUUCCAGUAAAGGAAAAAAUGUGAAAAGCCUGACAUAAAGAUUGUCUCUCAUAAGUGGUUACACUGAUCUGCCUGCGUCUCUUUGAAAUAUCUGGAGAAUGACACAUUUCACUAAUGAGGCUCAGAUCAGCUUGAACAUGUGAAAUACUGACAAUUUUGUUGUCUUAUCUCUCAAAUCACAGACUACUAAACCAAAUCUAACCUAAGUAUUCCAAAUAAACGGUUUAAACUAUUUGCCUUUGUAGUAUUGUUUUUACCUCAGAACACACAAUGUCCAUCUCUGUGACAACAACAACAACAACAACAAAAAAAGCAAUAUUCAUUGCUUUUGUGCAAUGGGCCAUCCCAGACACCUCAGAACCCAAAGAAGUCCACACCGCCUCUGGACAUGGUUAACAUCUGGUUUGUUUGCUUUUUCUUUUGCACAUCAACAUUUCAAAUUCCAUUUGUGAAUACAACUACAUAUUAUUAAGUUUUACAAAGGUGUCCUUUUCAGCAAUUGAUAAAAGACAGUUUAUGAGGCAGGUUUUUCGAGAGGAUAAAGAAAAUGCCGUCUCCCGCACAAACCCCAACGUUUGCUCUUUGAAACUGAAAUUCCACCCGACUGUUGAGUGGUUUAACCGCACAGUGAACUGCAGAGGGAGCCAUGCCCCUGUUUUUUCUAAACUUUAUGGUUGCAAAACUUCCUCAAUAUUUCUUCCCCCCCACACCGUUGACACAUUUAAAAAAAAAACGAAGAUCUUUUUUCCUCAGUGAGCUGACACUUCAGGGAUGCUGUUUUUUAGUCCAAAUCUGUUGACAUCACCUUAGAAGUAACUUUUCCACUUCAUUCCAGUUACCUAUGUUACCCAACUUCCAGCUUCUUUGGAAUGCACAACACCCAGUAUAUUUGUGAACAAAGGGGCUCUGGUUGUAAGUCAAAGCCAAUUUAACAAUAUCUCUUUUCUGUUCUAACUUUUUUUUACUUUAAGCACUGUUUAGAAAUUGGUGUAAUUACCAGAACUGCACUGUAUGAUUCACGACUUUAUAAUAACUAGUUCUAAACAUCUUUUGUCAUUUAAUUACUGUUUUGAUAGCGUUGCUUGGGCUAAAUACGUCUUUGUAAAAAGGGUGGGGGUUUGUGGGGGGACUAAAAGCGGGUGUCCACUCAGGGGGGGUGCAUUCAGAAUGAUGAAGCUUUCAAAGCGUCUUCCCAAAACUUCUGCGGAGCUCUGUGUAAGCGGAGAGGCGCGGUGCGGUUACUCCGGUUCACUGGCUGUUUUCCCGGGCCCACGGCUCGGAGCAGUCCGGCCCUAGUAACCGGAGAAGCGGCUGUGAUUGACAGCGUCCCGGAGCGUUGGAUAACGGGGCAGAGAGGGGUGGGAUGACGGGGCUAAUCCAGGCGCGCAGGGGGAGGGGAAAGAGCGGUUGUGGAUGCAGAUUUUUGCCAAUGUUUGCACCCUAGAAAUUGGACUGUAAAAAAAAAAAAAAAAAGAAAGAAAAAGUUUUGCUCUUCUGCUUGUGUGUGAGAAGAUCCCAGAGAGCCACCUUUGUUUUUGAUUGGAUCCCAGUUUCGGCGGAGCCCAAUUUGCAAAGUCCAAAGGUCCGAAAAGGACGGAGCGGAGCGCCUGAUCAUUUGGAGAACCGGGAGGGCGACACUUACACAACUUUUGAUUUCGCUCCUGUCCUGUGAGGUGCAGGUCGCUGUGCUCCGCGGAAGCCUUCAGAUUUAACCAGCUCGUUGAAAGACAGUCGCCUAGCAUGUCAGCCACGCGGGUGCCGAUGCUCUCCGGCAGACACGUCCGGCUCUUGAGCCCCGGGCGAGCUUUAUCAAGUCUGAGCGCGACGAGACGUGGACUUCCGAAGGAGAAAAUGUCCGAAAACGGGAUGAUGUCCCGGGCCAAGGUGCUGACCAUCGACACCAUGAACCCCACGGUGAAGAAGGUGGAGUACGCCGUGCGGGGGCCCAUCGUGCAGCGGGCCGUGGAGCUGGAGAGGGAGCUCAACCAGGGAAUGAAGAAGCCCUUUGAAGAAGUCAUAAAGGCCAACAUUGGUGACGCGCAUGCUAUGGGUCAGCAGCCUAUCACUUUCUUCCGACAGGUCUUGGCCCUCUGCUCUUACCCAGAACUGUUGAGUGACAGCACAUUCCCGGAGGACGCUAAAAACAACAUUUACCUCACCACUGGGGCCAGCGACGGCAUUGUGACCAUGCUGAAGCUGCUGGUAUGUGGAGAAGGAGCGGGGCGCACAGGGGUCAUGAUCUCAAUACCUCAGUAUCCCCUGUAUUCGGCUGCCCUGGCAGAACUGGGAGCUGUGCAGGUCAAUUAUUACCUGAAUGAGGACAAGUGCUGGUCUUUGGACAUCAAUGAACUGCAGCGUGCUGUGAAUGAAGCAAGACUGUACUGCAACCCCCGAGCCCUGUGCAUCAUCAACCCUGGAAACCCCACUGGUCAGGUUCAGAGCAGAGAGUGUAUUGAGGACGUAAUUCGAUUUGCUGCAAAGGAACGUCUCUUCCUCAUGGCUGAUGAGGUGUACCAGGAUAAUGUGUAUGCCGAGGGUUGCCAGUUCCACUCCUUCAAAAAGGUUCUGUUUGAGAUGGGGCCGGAGUACUCAGAAACAGUUGAACUGGCAUCCUUCCACUCCACCUCCAAGUGCGGCUUCCGUGGAGGCUACAUGGAGAUUAUAAACUUGGACAAUGAUGUGAAAGCUCAGUUGACGAAGCUGUUGUCGGUCCGUCUCUGUCCCCCUGUUCCCGGACAAGCUCUUAUGGACCUGGUGGUCAACCCCCCCCAGCCUGGGGAACCUUCAUACCAGCGCUUUAUUAAGGAACGCACAGCCACAUUGAGUGCCUUAGCAGAGAAGGCCAAACUUACAGAGCAGGUCCUCAAUACCGUGCAAGGCAUAAGCUGCAAUCCUGUGCAGGGGGCCAUGUACUCCUUUCCUCGCAUAACCAUCCCUGAAAAGGCUGUUAAAGAGGCCACGGAAAAAGGACAGCAGCCAGAUAUGUUUUAUUGCAUGAAGAUGCUGGAGGAAACUGGAAUCUGCCUUGUACCUGGAAGCGGUUUUGGCCAGAAGGAUGGAACCUACCACUUCAGGAUGACCAUCCUGCCACCAACAGACAAGCUCAAGAUCCUGUUGAACAAAGUCAAAGAGUUCCACCAGAACUUCACCAAGCAGUAUUCUUAAAUUUCCAUCUCCAUGUUCUCUCCCCUCACAGAGGAGUGGAGUUGCCAAUCUCAAUAAAAAGUAAUAGCCAAUCAUAAUUUCGUCACCACUGAUAAGUGCCUUUCCUUCCCUGGCUCUGGUGGUCUCUGUGAUGACACACUUUGGCCUCUAUACCUGUCACCCUUGGACUUUUUCGGACCUUACUCUCAAGGCACUGUUCGGACCACAAAACCAAACUGGAAAUUAAACGAGUCACAUCCGCCUCAGCUCUGGUGCACAAAGUGCUUCAUCUAUUGUCUGUACUGUUUUCUUUUAAAGAAUGUACAUAGUUUGGAUCUGUGAACCUGUAAGACAGCUUAACUGUUAUUGAUGAUUUAACAAAAGGCGGUACAACGUAAGAAAAGGCUUAUGCUGCUUAUAGAGUAUGUGUGUAACCGGUAGAUAUACUUCAUUCCUGAGGUCUGUAUUGGAAGAGGACAAUAUGCUCGGAAAGUUCCACUUGCAUGAUGAUUCAGUGGGAUAUGAUUUUGUAGAGGUGUAAUAAAUAUAAUGGCGUAUGUUUUGUGUCAUUGUUUGGAUAGUUUUUAGGCUUUAUGAUCAUCCUUCUUUUGUGGACACUCUCUUCACUAUUUUCUUCCACAGUUUUACAGGACGUGUUUCAUCUCUCAGAAAUGUUUUACCAGAUUUAAAUGACAUAUAAAUCAUUGUAAACUAACUACAAAGUACGUCAAGCUUUGUUGAAGGGAAAUGUAAACGGAUAUGUUAGUCAUUUCCCACCUCUUUUUUCAUUAUGAAGUCUUAAGUAGGCAGCGGGGGAAUGAUUCACCACCUAAAUGUUACUUAUAUUUAACCCAGAGAUGAUCUUCAACCAGUGACACUGUUUAGACGAGAAACAUAUUAGCCUUUCUCAGUUAGGAAUUACUUUACCCUCAGCAGGGAAGAAGAUUCCCGCAUGUCUGGGUAAAACUAAAUAUUUUACUUUGAAUCUGAAUGCAUUCUAUUUCCAAGUACCACCCAGAGUCAGAGCAUCAUCGCCGCUGUCUGUGCUGCACAGUUCUACUAUUUCUGCUACCAACAUCUCACCAGACUUUAAACUUUAAGCAAUCUCUCUCUGGGAUCAUGUUCUCUAUGCAGACAGACUAAAGCAGACCUAUUUCCACACGCUGUACAGUCAUUGACGGCUAAAUGAAGCUCCUGUGAAAAGGAACCUUUGUAAAACAUGACUCCUUCACAGCCUCUACCACUGGAGAGAAAGAAUGCCUGACUAUGUUUAUUAUAGAGACGUUUGAUAUGUCAGCAGGGUAUUAGGCAAAAACAACCAGCCCACAACGCAAAUGGUUGAAGAGGAUGAAGCUUUUUUUUUUAUUUCCUGCAAAAGGAACAUUUGAACCGCUCUGUUCAUCUAAUAGUGUUUGAAAAAGCUUUGAUAUUUCACUUUUUUUUCUCUCGUGUCGACGGUAAUGUUGAAAUUUCAGACAGAAAAAAAGGAAUGAAGGG